AGUCCAAAAUGUUAUGGGAGCUGUAUGUUGCGGUCUUAGUGCUUCAUUGUGUGACAUGCGAAGUACGCAAUGGAACGACUAAAGAAGCAGAGUUUCUGAGUGCAGCCACAAAAACGCUCCAAGGCCCAAAGAGUGGGAACGGAACCGCUAUGCUUGGCGGACCCCGUCAGGCGAGCGGUGGAAACUCCAGUUUAACCCAACAAGUGACGACGGCCCUGAGUAACUUUGAUCUCGGUCUUGGAAUGUACAAGAUGUGUCCAUUUCCUUUCAACUAUCUCCAUCAGUGCGAGUCGUCUUCCGAGUGCGCUGGAAGUGAAUGCUGCGGAAUGUACGCUUUCCCGGGUCCGAACCGUUGGAGAAGAUCCUGCUGUGUACCGAGCAGUGUGACGACAGUCGCCAGAGUUGCGAGACUCUGCAUCAAAAGCGAGAAAAGACCCAGCGUAACAGAUGAGAUUCCUAACGUCAACGAGGUCAUACCGCACAGUCCAGCUGGCUUGGGUCUACUGGUUCCGACGGUAGUCGACGAAGAGACCACCGUGUCCGAAGAUCAGGUGCUGUUGGAAGAGGGGAAAUCUGAAACGGAACCUUCGCUGUACUUCAUUAAGAACAUCAAGAAGGGCUUACAUGGCCACACGUCUGUCCUUCAUGAUGGAAUCAAACACAUACACAAAUUACACGACAGUCUCCAGCCCAAACUCCACGACAUCCUCAAAGCUCAUAUAAAGGGAGGUGCAGCCGACGACGUCUGUCCGAAGGUUCGAGUUUACCACAAGAAUUGCGGACGACCCUGUACGACUCACAAGCACUGCAAAGAUCCUCAUUAUGCUUGUUGCAAAGUGAUCUGCGACGACCCGUGGGACAAGUACUCGCUGAAAAAAGGACUGUACUGUCACAGAAUGAUUGAAGGCAAGCUACCGUUUCAACAUGAACCCGAGCCCUGGGAUACUCACGAUGACCACUGGAUGGGAUCUCACGGAGAUUCAUCGAGCCAUCUGCUGGAGAUGCUCUUCAAACCCAAAAGGAAGCCACCCCAUCACGAUACCCUCGGUGACAAGAAAAUUUACCUCGUUGGAAGAUGA